AUGGACGGGUCGAGGGUGGACGGACCAGGCGUGUGGUGGAGGUUGAGCAAGCACGGAUGCUCGGAGUUUGGGUGGGUGCCCCUCGUCGACGGGGACCGGGUCGCAGCGCACACACACAGGCACGGGAGCCGCAGAAGACGGACAGCAAUAGGAAGGGCUGGGAGUGGGGAUGAUGAGCAGGCGCAGCCAGCAGAAUGCUCGGAGGGGGGUGAUGGUGUGGUGGGGUGGGAGGGGGAAAUGCAGGAGAGCGGGAUUCGAGACAAAGUCACGAUUGCGUCGCGGCUAGAUGGUCGGAGGGGUUGGCUGGGAAGGCCGGUAGUAGUAGUAGUAGUACAAGCAAGAGCGAGUAAGUAUGGAGAGAGUAAGGCACAGGACGGACGGCAUGCUAGCGGGCCUGGCCUGGCCUGGCAGCAGCAGCAGCAGCAAGCACCUGGGCUGGGGUUUACUUACUUACAGCAGCAAUUAACGACGAGCAGGCAGAGUAAGCCAGGCGUGCGAACAAGUGCUGCACAUCCGACUCCGACUCUGCACGCCGCGACACGCCCUUUUUCACGUGUCACCAUGUCUGCACCUCGACUAGACAUGGCCCGUUGGCUGGCCACGCUGUACCGCCGUCGUCUGUCGGUCCCAGCAGGCCGUGGUGAGCUUGCCCGUGCGGCGGCGAAGCAGUUGCACUUGGGUUCGACGUGCAUGCGAGGCUGA